CACCAUGUUCCCCUGCAGCGCCCUGCCGCCUCCGCUCUACCCGGCCUUCCUGCGCCCCCAGGCGGCUCUCUCGUCCCCCAUGAGCCGGUCUCUGCCCUCCGGCUUCCUGGUGGAGGACCUUCUCCGGCUGAGCCAGCCUGUCCGCUUCAUACACCGGACUCUGUCCUCCGGGGGUCCCGGGGACUUCCUCCCUCUCAGCCCGGGGCCGUGCUCCGGGUCCGGGUCCGGGUCCAGGUCUCCGCUCCAGAGCAGCCCCGGUUCUCCCCGCACCUCCUGCCCGGACUCCGCCUACCUCAAGUUCGGCGUCAGUGCGAUCCUGGCCCCGUCCUCCCGGAGCGUCCAGACUCUCCAGACUAAAUCUUUCCCGCUGCCGUUCUUCGAUGGAGGCCUUCACCCGUUCAUCAGAGCCUCGUAUUUCUCAGCCUCCUCCUCCUCCUCCUCCUCCUGCUCCUCCUCCUGCUCCUCCUCCGUGGUUCCUGUCCCAGGAACCUUCUCGUGGCCCCUGGCCCCCAGAGGGAAGCCCAGGAGGGGCAUGCUGCGACGGGCCGUGUUCUCCGACAUGCAGAGGAAGAACCUGGAGAGAACGUUUCAGAAACAGAAAUACAUCAGCAAACCAGACCGGAAGAAACUGGCUGGAAAACUGGGACUCAAGGAUUCUCAGGUGAAGAUCUGGUUCCAGAACCGAAGGAUGAAGUGGAGGAACUCCAAAGAGAGGGAGCUGCUUUCAACGGGAGGCUGCCGCCAACAGACCCUCCCCACCAAGACCAACCCCCACCCGGACCUCACCGACGUGGGCAGCACCUACAGCACCAGGGCCCCCGGGGGCCCGGACCAGUCCCACCUCCACCACCAUCAUCUUCAUCUUCAUCAUCUCCACCAGGACCCGUCCUCUCCGUCAGAGUCAGACAGCGAGGAGAUCAUGGUCUCCUGAAGUCCUCCUGGGUCCUCCUGGAUCCUCCUGGAUCCUCCUGGAUCCUCCUGGAUCCUCCUGGAUCCUCCUGGGUCCUCCUGGUUCCUCCUGGAUCCUGGAUCCUCCUGGGUCCCGUUGGAUCAUCUCUGUACAGCUUUAAACCUCCUCUAGCUCUUAUCUGUCCACUUAAAUAUUCUAAUAUUCUUGUAUAAAACCCUAUUUCUUUGUAAUGUUUAUAUUUUCUCAAAAUAAAUGUGGAGAAGUUGGAUUCAUUUCA